AGCAGCAAAAGGAGAGAGGGCAGAGAGCCCAAACUCCAGAUAGGGAGAGGCUCAGUAGCAACUCCAAGAGUCUUCAAGAUGUAGAAGAUUAGGGGAGUUGUGUUCAAGAGUGUGUAUAGCUCUUGGGGUAGAGUAAUCUUCUAGGAGAUUGAGAGAGGGUGUACAAGGGGUAUCCGAUUGGAUACAAGGCUCGGGUUGGGUAUAAACUUGAGUGCUCUAGUUGUGUAUAAACUUGAGUGGUGUAUCUUGUACUUGUGUGAUUCUCUCAUAGUGAAGAUGAAAACUCUCUGAGGACGUAGGCAUGGAUUUUGGCCGAACCUCGUUAAAACUUGUUGUCUUCUUGGUUUGCUUAUUUAUUCUUUCAAUCUCUACUAGUAGUACUUGCGUGACGGGGGAUUAAUUUCCCAACACUGAAUGCACCUUCUUCCAUGUUCUCCUCCAUACUCAUUUAUAAUAAAGCACUCAAAAGGGUACUUCUGAAAUGUUUACUGCAUUCAAAUAUGAUGAUUAUAAUUUCGCCCAAAAUAAUAAUAAUAAUCAAAAGAAAAAAGGAUGAUAAAAAAAAUUUCACAUGGAAUGAGAUUUGUCGAACUGACUUUAUUUUUUGAGUUUGGGCUAAGCAGGUUAAGAAUCAACACAACAAUAUGGUCAACCCGUUGAAAAUCAAUCUAGCCCGGGAUUAAGCCCAGUGGACUCAUGCACUGCGGAUCCACUUACUAUGAGGGGGUAUUAUUGAUGUAAAUUCACUCAAGUCGAUUUAAAAUGGUAAACCCAACAGCCCUAACUGCUGAGUGCUGAGACUAUAGUCUCCAGCAUCGAUCCUCUUCAUCUGCUCAGGCCAUCUCCGUCAGAUCUGAUUUUGAUUUUGAUUAUUUGCUUCCCGUCGAUUAUGGGGUUAGUUAUAUUUUUCUUAAUUAAAUUAAACUUUUUUCGUUUUUGAAUUAGAAACGCUUUCCUAAUCCUGGUAGAGAAGAGCUAGCGCUUCCCUAAUCCUGGUAGAAAAGAGCUAGAGCUUCCCUAUAUAUAUUGCAUCGCUACAAUAGUGUAGUGAUCAUUUACACAUAAUGUCGUCAAUUUCGACCGAAACAGAGAAGCAUUAUUAUUUUAGCAGAGCAAUCCUAAGAGAAACAAGAGAAUUACCUCCACCAGCAGGGGAGACCAUGCUUCCUAUUGAUAUUUAUCUCAUCAAGCAAAGCCGCAGUUGGUCUGAUCAUCCUGCUUGUGAAAUCUCCACUGUUGAAAUUGUGAUCCGCUACUCCUCUCCCAACUACAGCCAAGCCUACUCUGGUAUUAGCAGGGAAAUGUCGGCACUAGGUGUCCCCCUGGAGCAGCAACCGCCUAUCCUCGAAAAACUAUUUCAGGUGGUACAAGCUGCUGUUCCGGAGCGCCGCAUUAUUGUGGUCAUUGCAGACGUGACCGUGCGGUUAUUGGGUAGUUUUGAUGAGCAUCAUGAUGACACUGACAUUGGUAGACUUACCAGGGCAUUUCCCAUUGCCAUUCGAUUAGAUUAUCCUGAUAGCACCAGUGAAUUAUAUGCAUUGAGUGAGGUUGACUAUCAUGGUGUCGAUGAUAGGGUCACAUGGGAGUCCUUUGAAACUCAUAGGGUCAGGUUUGUUUCUGCAACUACAUCAUCCAUUAUGAGCUUGCAGAAAGUGAGAAUAGACAGCUUGGAAGAAGAUACUAUCAAACAGAACCCAUCAUGUGCUAUUUGUAUUAACGACUUUGCAGAAGGUGGAGUUGAUCAACUGAUUACUCUUUUGCCUUGCGCACACCAUUAUCAUCUAGAUUGCAUUGUCCCGUGGCUGAAGACGAGUCACUUGUGCCCCCUGUGUCGAUACCCAAUGCCAACUGUGGAAGAGGCAGAGUCUUCAAAUCCUUCAAAUCCCUAACCGAGUUCGAGUGUCAAAUAUGUUGGCUGAUAACGAUGAUCAAUAUAUAUGUUCAUUAGAAUUGUACUAGCAUAUUCCCUCAGUUCCUUGUGAAAUGAUCCCUGUAUCAUGUUAUCUUAAUUCCUAAAUGUAGGAUCCCACAGGGAUCAUUCAUUCUAA